UCUGCGCAUGCGUUUGGGAGGGUUGUCCGCUAGUGAAUGUAGAAUGGUUCCUAUGGCCUGUGAUUCACACAUGGGUUGUGGGUAGGCCAGUGAAUUCUCUUGCUGUCUGCCUGCACGGAAGACUCAGAUUUCCACUCGUAUGCACGCCACGUAGCGCGUGUGUUUACUGCUUUGUUGAGGAGUAAACAAGCGACGAAAGUGAUUAUUUAUGUGUCUGGACCGAGAAUGGCGGUUCCACGAAUCGACUGGCGCAGUGGGCUGCAAUUCGCCACUUGGACCACACAUCACAUCAACUCUAUGGAAUUCGCGUUGCUGGUAUUCUAACGACAGGAGGUCCUACUUUGGAGGCGGAUUUCAACCUUUCUGAAUUCCGUGAAUUUAUUGAUACAAAUAUUGAGACAGCUAAUAACAUCAUACCAUGGACACGUCUGACAACAGGGGAGCAACUCGUCUACAACACCGAAAAUCAACAUGACCAAUCUCUCGACAUGAAGUGGAUACCUUUGGUUCAAAGUGAUGUCUUUGUGACUGAGACCUACCAAGCAUUUUCUAUCCGCUCUUUCAAUUUAUACAGCACUAAGGAACAGAGAAAUUGCAAAAAUGUGUAUUUUGGGCUGCAAUAG